AACAUUCGACAUUUUUUAUUAUAAACAGGAGAAGAGGAAUACAAUCCUACAAUCUUUGGUUAUGUUUGAUGUUUUAUUACAUUCUCUAAGUAGUUUAUUCUUUUAAAAUGGUUGCAAAUAAGCAGAAAUUGAAAAGAAAAUAUUCUUCUGAUAAGAAAACUAAUGUUUCAUCAGAAUCUGCUGAGGAUGUUAAGGUUGAAAAUGGAAGUUUGUCUAAUAAGAUCAAAAAUGGAAGCUUUACGGGUGAAGAUGCAGAAGAUUUAGACAUCGGCAUUGAUGAAGGUUUGGACGAGGAAGAUGACUCUGAUGACUCCGUAGAUGGUGACGAGUCUGAUGGCUCAGACUCAGUCUAUUCUGAAGAUGACUCUGCCGAUGAAGAUAGUGUCGAAGACGAAGAUGAAGAAGAGGAAGAAAGUGACCAAGACAACGAUGACGAAGAAGAAGUAUUCAAUGAAAGUGACAAUGACUCAAUCCUAGUUUUUAGCAGUGACGAUGAAAAUAAUGCUGAUAGUGGCUCUAAUACAGACUCAAGUGAUGAAAAAGAAGUAAAAACCGGGAAUGAAACUAAGAAAGUUGACAAGUCAAGUAAAGGAAAAGCCAAUGCUAAUUUAGACAGCACAGUUAGUUCUAUUGAAAAAAUGAAACUGAAAUCUCCCUCAGCUAACAAUAAGAAGUUGCAAAAAAAAUUGGAAAGAUUCAACAAGAAAGGUUUAAAUCAGAAAUCACAAAAUGAUAAGAAAGAAGAGGUCAUUGGUGGGGAUUCUUCACCAGCUGCGAACAGCAAAUUGCAGUCAAUCGUGAAGGACGAAUAUGCCAGUGGAGAUACGUCUGAUGAAGAGGAUAUUCGUAAUACAAUUGGCAAUAUCCCUGUGAACUGGUAUGAUGACUACAAGCACAUUGGCUAUGACUGGGAAGGAAAGAAGAUUAUAAAGCCUGAUCAUGGAGAUAAGUUGGAUUACUUCCUUCGGCGUAUGGAGGAUCCUAAUUUCUGGCGAACUGUCAGAGAUCCGAAAACUGGCCAAGAUGUUGUUCUAAGUGACAAGGAUGUGCAAUUGAUUCAUCGGUUGGAAAGUCAGAAGAUACCUGAUGAAGCUUAUGAUGAAUACGCUCCCUGGAUAGAGUGGUUUACAUCAGAAGUUAUGAAAAUGCCUUUGAGGAAGUUCCCUGACUCUAAAAAGUCGUUUAUUCCCAGCUUGGAUGAAAAACGUAAAGUAGCCAAGAUGGUUCAUGCUUUGAAGAUGGGUUGGAUGAAAUCGUCAAAGCAAAUAAGGAAAGAAAAUCAAAUGAAAGACGAGAAAGGGCCUGAAUUUUACAUGCUGUGGCAGAGUGAUGACGUAGCAGAAGAGAUGAGGAGGAUUCACAGGCACAUUCCAGCUCCAAAGCGACCUCUGCCAGGUCAUGCUGAGUCAUACAAUCCUCCCGAAGAGUACUUGUUCACCGAAAAAGAGUUGAAGAAGUUCGAAGACAGCAAGCGGUCAGUUGGAAACAAGAAACUACAUUUUAUUCCCAAGAAGUAUGAAUGUCUCAGAAAAGUACCUGCCUAUGAUAGGUAUAUCAUUGAGAGAUUCAAUCGCUGUUUGGACCUCUAUUUGUGUCCAAGGGCAACAAAAAUGAAGCUGACAGUUGAACCAGAGGAUCUUCUACCAAAACUGCCCAGCCCGAGAGAUUUACAACCUUUCCCAACAAUGCAAGCUCUGGUGUUCGAAGGCCACACAGACAUGGUCAGGACGAUAUCUUUGGAUCCUCUGGGGCAAUACGUUGUCUCGGGAUCAGAUGACAACACAGUCAAGUUUUGGGAGUUGAGCACUGGCCGAUGUCUGAAAACGAUCCCCGUAGAAGGCGUGGUGAGAUGUGUGAGGUGGUGUCCCAACCAAACGUUGUCGCUGGUUGCCGUAGCAGCCGAUAGCAAGUGCUAUAUCAUAAAUCCUGGCCUUGGAGACUCAUUGGUCGUAUCGAAAACCGACAUGUUGCUCAAAGAGCCUCCUCCUCAAGUUGGAAUCAUUGCUGACCGAGUGAAGGCGUGCGCUCAGUGGCAGUGGGCGAGUGAUGACAGAGACGAUGUCUGGCCAGACGGCGUGCUAAUUGUCAUUAAACAUUUCAAAGAGAUCAAACAGAUUGCGUGGCAUGGCAAAGGAGAUUACUUCGCAGCGGUGAUGCCAGACGGAGCCAACCGAUCAGUGGUCAUCCACCAGCUCUCAAAAGGAAGGUCUCAAUUGCCUUUCAACAAAUCCAGGGGCCUCAUACAGUGUGUCAUUUUCCAUCCAAUCAGGCCAUUCUUUUUCGUUGCUUCUCAGAAGAAUGUGAGGGUCUAUGACCUCGUGAAACAAGAAAUGGUGAAGAAAUUGUAUUCGAAUUGUAAAUGGAUAUCGAAUAUGGCAAUUCAUCCAGGUGGUGACAAUCUGCUUUUGAGUUCGUAUGACUCGAAGGUUGUGUGGUUCGACCUGGACCUGUCGACCAAGCCGUACAAAGUGCUGAGACUGCACAGCACGGCGGUGCGCUCUGUCGCCUUCCACAAGCGCUAUCCCCUCUUCGCCUCCGUCGCCGACGACUGCAGUCUCAUCGUCAGCCAUGGCAUGGUCUACAAUGACCUCAUGCAAAACGCGUUGAUAGUACCGUUGAAACGGUUGAGCAGUCAUAAAAAUCACAAUGACUUUGGAAUAUUUGAAGUGAUGUUCCAUCAUUCUCAGCCUUGGGUAUUAACAUGUGGCGCUGACAAAACUAUACGUCUCUAUUCAUAGUGUAAGAUGUUGAUCAUUGUAAUUGAUGAUAGUUAUUAGUUUUUAUGAAAUAAACUCUCUUAAACUUACCAUGAGUUCAUACUCGGCUUCCGUUUUUUGUAAUGUCCACACUUUCCAGUUGCUCAACAUGAAAAUAACUUACUUUGUCUUAUUUCUUCAAACGCUGGUAAUUUGAGUCAAACGCAAUCUGAGAGACAGUUAAACUCGAAUGUCAACGAACUCGGAGACACACCUUUGACAAAUACUAAUGGUUGUAGUUAAAUAACUGCAAAUUAUAUUGUGUGUAAUUGACUUGAGUAUGAAUAUGAAUAAAAGCUACCUUACCUUAUA